UGUCGGGCAGCUGUCAAUGACAUAUUCGUUUGCUUCGUGUAAAUUUUGUGAUGUUACAAUUUCAAAUCCGUCUUUUAAUCAAUGAAUAUGGUUUACAUUAACAGAUAAUGGUUAUUCGUAUUUAUUGGGUGUUUUAUUAUAAACUGUAACAGUUUUUAUUACAAUAUAACGGUGUAUUUUUAUUAUAAUGGAGGAUCUCAAUUUGACAGAAACCGAAAUGAGAUAUUUCAGUGAUUUGUUUUUAUGUUGCGACGAGGAAUCAAACGGGAAAAUACCUAUACUAAAAGCCACAGAACUUUUUAGAUCUUCAAAUGUACCAAAUGAUAUAUUACGACAGAUUAUGGAUAUAAGUGUGGCACCUAAUACCUGUUCUUCAUUGAACCAUAUGAAUAGGAAUCAAUUUUAUUCCGCGUUAAAAUUAAUAGCCGCUUAUCAAUCAAAUAUGUCUUUAAAACCAGAACUGCUCUCCACCCCACUAGACCUUCCACUUCCGAGAUUUACAUGGGCCCUUAACGCAGACGCUAAUGCCGAUUUAAUACAAUUAUCUAAUUCUCCAAAAGAGCAGCAUAUAUCUAAAAGGCAAAGAAGUUUUGCAGACAACCUAGGAGAAUAUGAACCUAUAGGGUUAUUGCCAAACCUGUCAGAUGGUGAUCUUCUACAAACGUUAUCUCAUGACGAGCCUCUGAGCACUGAUUCUGAAAUGGAAUCUGAAACUAUGUCACAAAAAUCAGGAUCAUGUGGGAGAAGAGCUAAAGCUGGCUCACCCUGGAGCACUGCUAGUGAAAGUCCAACUCCAACCAAUAGUGUGGCCGAGCGUGUUCAUCCAAUAUGGGAGCACAGUGCGACCGGACGUGGUGUGUGGCCCACUAAUACGGCUGAGGAACACACUAGACUUCUAGGUACUGAAGAGGAAUCGUCGGACCGUCACUCGUCCGAGGAGGAAGGGGAAGCAGACGGCGAUAUUUUCGCCAUCAGCGAGGCGCAGGCGCGGCACUACGCGGCGCAGUUCGCGCAGUUGCGGCCAGAGCGGGGACUGCUCUCCGGACAAACGGCUAGAUUGUUCUUCGAAAAGUCUCGCCUUUCAGUUCCAGACCUCAGAAAAAUUUGGCAGUUAUCUGAUAUUACUAAAGAUGGAAUGCUAACGCUGGAAGAGUUUAGCAUAGCCAUGCAUCUGAUUGUUCUGAGGCGGAACGAUAUCCCAGUGCCGGACGUUUUACCGGCCUGCCUCGUGCCCAAAGUGGAUUCACACUUUUCCCAACAAGCCGUCACCACUGACCUCGUCGAUCUCGGUGCCGAUAUGUUCGGUUCGGGAACUUCCGCCGAUUUUAAUUUCGCACCGAAACCCGAAAACAACGAUCCAUACGAAAGUAAACCGGUCAAAAAAAUAGAGGAACGACAACCCUCUCUCACCCCGCCCAAACCUGAACCUCAAGCGAAUAAUAAGGAAUGGACAAAGUUUGUCGACUCGCCCACUUCGAGUGUAUCGAGCCCCGGUCCCAAACCAGUCAAUUUUGAUUUUCAUAAAUCCGCUUUAGAGAGGGAUCCUAAAAUUUUCCACCCCGUCGCACUACGGGUGACGCCCGACGCCAACACCCUCCCCCACGAGGGAGACCUGCGCUCGAGCACGUCGCCCCGGCGGGACGACUUCGCCCACGCCUUCGAACUGGCGAGCCCGAAGCGACUCAACUCGCAACCGCCUCUCGAGCAGCCGCCGAAUGGAAAUCCUGAGAUUAAAUCGAUUCAACGACCGCAACCAAAAAAGCCGGUCAAAAACGCGGGCGUCUUACCGCCGCCACCGACUCGGGAAUCGUCCGUGCACCCGGAGGAGGGGCCACAGUCCCUUCAGUACGCGCCCAAGAAGGACCCCCCGCCGCCCCCGCCGCCGCGCCCGCUGCGUAAUCACACCCGGUCCAGCUCGCUGGACCUGAACCGGUUCAAGGGAGCUCCCGCCCCGCCGCCGCAGCCUCCGCCGCGGAUGUCGCCCUCGGCGACGUCCCCUCCGUCCCGACGUCUCGUCAAUCAACGGAGCGAGGGGGAACCCGCGUUUCCGCCCGACGCGUUCGCGCCGCGCGAGUACGAGGGAGAGGGCUUCGGCUACAACCGGGAGGACGCGCCGAAGAUGCACGGCGCGUUCGAGGUGUACCGCAAGCCGUCGCGCGAGUCGUCGUGCGAGGCGGACCCGGACGUGAAGGCGCUGCAGGAGCAGAACGCGGUGCUGCACCGCGUGUGCCGCGCGCUGGUGGCCGAGCUGGCCGACGUGCAGCGCGAGCGGGAGGCGCUGCGCGUGCGCCUCGACGCGCACUCCACUCCCGUCUAGUCACCGAGAGCCCCGAGCCCCAUUCCGCAAUAUUCCAUUUGUAUAUUUGUUGUACUCGUUUCUCUUGUUUUAUAUACCUGUGUAAUCUCAUAAGAAAAUCGAAAUUCGGUUUUUUAUUUAUUCAUUCUAGUGUAUGUAAUUUGUUUUCAUCGAUUUUUACUUGAAAACGGCUUAAACGUCUUCGGUCCUAAGUGCUAAUGAAAGAUAAUUUAGAUAUAACGUUACAAAUGUUAAAUGUUUAAAGGAUCCUCAAGAAUGUUCGUUACACUUAAUCAUCAAUUUAGUUGUAAAUUAAACUAUUUAGAUUAUUAAGAUUUAUUCACGUUUUCUUUAAGAAAAUUUAAAAAAAAAGCGCAUUGCUUAUGAAUGUGAGAUGCAAAUAAAAAACGAUGCUAAAUUAUUUUGAAGAGGCUAUAGUAUUUUCUAAUGAUUUUGAUGUAUUAAUUGUCGUAAUUAUUUCAAUUAACUUCAUGAAAAGAAUUCGCAUAUUUUUAGUAGAAUCUGUUUAUGCGGAUAUAUGGACUGGACCGACUGUUAGAUAUUUUAUAUAUUCCUUCAAUUUUAACGUUUAUAAUAAAAUUUAGUGAAUUGGUUCAACAAAAUAACUACCUCAAAAUUUUUACAUGGAUAUUACAUGGAUAUAUCUUUCUAGCUUUGCAGAAUAUUUCUUAAUAGUAAUAUUACUGAGAAAAUUUGUUCACGAAUGAAAUCUGAACCUGAAACUCAUUUUUGUUUGAAGAUUUAAUUGAAAUCGGAAUAUUUCGAAUAACUUUUCUACUCCUAACCUGGCUCAAUCCUACUUACCAAUAGCACAAUUACUAAAAAUGGAAUAAAUUAUUUCUAGGAAAACACAAACAUACAAAGUUAUGGCAUUUAUGUAUUUAUUAUAUAUUUAAAAAAAAUCUGCUUCCGCAAACAUAUUUUAUUGUAAGUAGUUAUUUUUAUAUAUUAAAAAAAAUGGCGCUAGUAUUGCUUAAAUUGCAUUCCUAAUAUUAUUAUUUUUACGCUUUAUUGUAAAAAAUAAUUUAAAAAAAAAAACAAUGAAAUAAAAAAAUCUUAACUAAAAUAUGUGAAUGUUGUAUAAUAUUAUCGUUAGAAUUAGCUUCUGUAAAUGUAAAAGAUGGAAAGACUUAAGAUUUUGAGAUGCGGUUUACAUGGGAUUUGUAUGUAGAUAGAUAAUGAUUGUCUUUAUUGCCAUUAAAAUGUCUCAUAUAUAUAAAUAUAUAUAUAAAAAAAAGUAAGAUUUUCGUCUGGCAACUAUUUUUUGCUGAUAACUUCAGCGUUAAGCUAGGUGAUGUUAAAAUAUAAAAGAAUAAAUAUUACAUUAUUAGUUUAGUAAAACAAAGUGUGAAACAACUUGUACGAUAUAAGAUUAUUGUAAAAGUAUUUAUCGUUUAUUUUAGUCAUAAUUUAAGAACAUCAUUCUUUAUUGAUACUAUUAAUCGAAGCCAUGUAAAUAUUAUUUUUAUCCCAUUGCGUAUUUUUGGUACCUAUUGACUGUAAGCUUUAUAACCUCACAAAUCUCUAUUUCGGUCCAAUUUUUGUAAAACUAACAAUAUUCACCAUUAUAUUUACCUAUUUAUGUUAAAAUAUGCAUAUUAUUGUAGU